AAAGUAAUGGCCUGUUGAUAGCUUUUUGUGAUACCCCAUUAUUUCUAUAUUAAUCCUUAUUUUCCUGCUAUUUGUGUUCUUUAAUUCAAAGACAACUCUUUUUUUUUUUCUUAUUUAUACAACAUGCAUUUGGUCAAUGCUAAUGAGAGGACGCCUCUCAUACAAUCUCCUCAGAAACCUAAUAUAAAAAAAACAAUUCACGUUUAUGGCACCACGAUCGGAUUCCUCUUUCUCUUUUCUUUAGUGAUUCAUUGGUACAGAACAUGCUUACCGACACCUUUAUCCGAUGUACAAGCUAAAGUGGUUGACGACUUUUCUGGUAUUCACGCUUACAAUGAAUACCUCAGUCAUUUCGUUGCUCCUCAUUCAGCUAAUACACGUGAAAAUGGUGUUAUGAGAGACUGGAUCGCUUCUGUUGCCACCAGUCUUCAAGAGGAUGCUAUCAGUCGAGGUUUAAAAAUCGAUGUGAUUGGAAAUGACCCAUCUAAAGACGUUUUCGCUCAAGACUGGUUUACACCUAAUGAACAUUGGUUUAUCGAGUCACGUAAUGUCAUGAUUCGUUUACACGGUCAAUCAGGUAGAGACGAGGCAUUAUUAAUCAAUGCCCAUUAUGACAGUGUUCCCACAAGUAAUGGUGUCACGGACAAUGGAAUGGGAGUUGUCACCACAAUUGAGUUAUUACGUUACUUUAUUCAAAACCCUCCUCGUCAUACCAUCAUCUUUUUGUUAAAUAACUUUGAAGAAGGUGGUUUGAUCGGUGCCAAAUCAUUUAUCAAACAUCCUUGGUAUUCAUCUGUCAAGCUCUUUAUUAAUCUUGAGGGUGCGGGUGCGGGUGGAAGAGCCUUGAUGUUUAGAUGUUCCAAUUUGAACGCUGUCAAGAAACUUGCCAAUUCAAAUGCUGCUUUUAAACAUGCAUCUCCACUUGGCAAUGAUAUGUUUAAAGCGCAACUAUUAAAAAGCGACACGGAUUAUUCAAUUUUCACUGAAACUGGUGUUCCUGGUUUGGACAUUGCUUUCUAUGCCCCACGAUCCCAUUACCAUACACCACUUGAUAAUCUGGCAAACACAACACCUGAAGCUCUUCAACAUAUGGGUCAGUUAGCCUUAGCUGCUGUAAAAGGUAUCGCUAAUAGUGAUGAUAUGUUGGAAACACCCAAGGAGCAAGAAUCCUUCAUCUAUUUCGACAUUUUAGGUCGUUUUAUGUUUGCUUAUAGUCUCACUACAUUUCAAAUUAUCAACAUGCUGGCUCUCUUAGCCGUUCCUGGAACAUCCGUCUACAUGUCCAUGCGCCAGAAUCAAGGAAAGACGACUUCAGAAGUGUUGCUCGAAAAACUUGAACUUACUGCUCAAGGACUUUUAGCCGUGUUUUCUGCAUUGAUCCUGAUGAUCUUACUUACUGUUAUUGCCGUAUAUAGUAUGAGCUUGAUCAACCCUUCCAUGACUUACGGCGAUGUCUAUGGCGCAGCUAUUUAUUGUUUUGUCACAGCUUUCUUGGGUCUUCAACUAUCUCAACUAAUCCUUCCGAAGAAACUUAAGCAAACUCUUGUCUCGACAGAUGCUGCAUGGUAUGGUUUAAUGGCGUUUUGGUGGAUCUUUGUGGCGUUUUCCUCUUUUGCUGGUUCAAAGGGUGUGGCUGGUUUAUGCUUUGCAGUAUAUGUUUUAGCAUUCAAUUCCUCAUCUGUAUUGUUGCAUAAUCUUUUACCUUCUACGCAAAAGUUUCGAUCGCCCUUUAUUUUCUUUUUACAAACCUUGGUUCCCUUUGUCUUUUUACUAGAAAUUGACUUGUUAGUUAUGGAUGCUAUGCGUCACGCAACAGCGGAUGGCACUCCCGAAAUUGCCGUGUAUAUUCUGAUUGCACUGCCACUCAUCUUGAUCGCAAUACAUUUCUUGCCUUGGAUUUACGUAGCUGGUAACCAACGCCAGUCAACAUUAGGAGCUUUGGUUGCAUUUGUAUUUAUUUUUACGAUUUGUUCUGCGCUUCAACCAUUUAACGGUACAUGGUCACCCAACAAACUUGUUUUCAGCCAAGUAUAUAAUGCCGGGGAAGCUUUGGCCACCGUAACGGUGUUUACAGCCACGGGAGUUCAAUCGACUUUAAAGGCCGCCUUACCAGCCCACGAAUACAGCACGAUGCAAUGCGAGCCUUUUAAGAAAUUCUUGACACGUUGUACCUACCAGACUGAUUUGUUGCCAAAAUACGGUAGCAACGCCACACUAGGAGAAGUGGAAUUAUCAGAAGUAUUAAAAAUAUGCGAUGAUUUCAAAUGCAAGUCGACGGCAACGUAUAAAUCUAAGAAUAGUUUGAUGUGUCGCCUUUAUUUCGAUCCGAUUGAAAACCAGCCAAUUCAACAAGCUUGGGUGAACGAUGAGGAGAUCAAGAGUCAGAAUAUAUCCGCUAUAUUGAGUUAUGUGGACCGAUAUGAGCAAGAGGUGACAUUUAGUGUGGAGUAUCCUGUCACAGCACCUGAACCAAAAGCCACACUUGGCUGUUUUUAUGAUGAAUGGAUCCAUCAUGAGAUUCCUGCGUUUACUACAUUGCGUGAUAAUCUUCCAGGACAUGCAGUCUUAUUGAUUCGUGGGCAGGGUUUAGCGUUGGUCAACUACAUGAAUGUCACUUUAUAAAAUAAACAUUCUUUUUUUUUAAGGGACCGACUUCCAACCAGUUCAAAAAGAAAAUCUUUUUCUUUAAUUCUUUCCAUUCAGUUCUUUUGUUUUCUAGAUCCUAAUCUAAAAAAAAAAGAUCAGAUUUCAUAAAUGGUUUUGUCUACUGUGGAUAAUGAACGACAAAAGCGACUUUCGGAUCUCUUGACGAUGGUCCAAAUGAA